CUUGAAAGAAACAACUCCUGUCAUAAAAUAUUAAAAAACUCCUAUUUUUAUAUGUCGAGGAGGGAGAGGGACCCGUUGGUCGUUGGACGUGUGAUAGGAGAUGUUCUUGAUAGUUUCACAAAGUCGAUUAACCUUACGAUUUCUUACAACGACAGGGAAGUUAGCAACGGGUGCACACUAAAACCCUCUCAGGUUGUUAACCAGCCUCGGGUUGAUAUUGGAGGUGACGACCUACGAGCUUUUCACACUUUAGUCAUGGUGGAUCCUGAUGCUCCCAGUCCAAGUGACCCUAACCUUAGGGAAUACUUGCAUUGGUUGGUGACUGAUAUUCCAGCGACCACUGGAGCACGUUUUGGUCAAGAAGUGGUGUGCUAUGAGAGUCCAAGACCAUCAAUGGGAAUUCAUCGAAUGGUUUUCGUGUUGUUCCGGCAGUUGGGUCGACAAACUGUGUACGCCCCAGGGUGGCGCCAGAACUUCAACACUAGAGACUUCGCAGAGCUCUACAACCUUGGGUCUCCUGUGGCCGCAGUCUACUUCAACUGCCAGCGUGAAAGUGGAUCUGGUGGACGACGGAGAUAAGAAGAAAGGCAUGUCGAUCAAUGGAUAGAGGCGAUUAUGUAAACACAUAUUUAAAGCAUUCACAGCAGUUUAUAAUAUGUGAAACAUUUAAAGAAGGCUAGCUAUAACAAGGAAGAAUACUUAUAAAGGAAUAACAACACUUUGAAGUACAAAGUUGUAACUUGGUAUAAGACUUUUUAUAAGAUUAUAAAUGAAAUAUGCCUCGUCUUUAUGUU